GAUUAUCUUCGUUUGAAAUACAUAAGGCGAUGAGCCGAUGAGGUCGUAAUGUUAAAUCGAGUUGCAGAGCAAGAUCAGUUCGCAUUUGAACGUCUUGAAGAACAAGUCUUGAAGAAUCUCUCCGCCAUGGCCAUGAAGAAAGUGGCCCAUCUUUUGCUCGUUCUGGCCCUGGGACUUGCAGUCGCGAGUUCCGAAAACCAGUUCCCAAAUUCCCCGUGUAAUACAGGAGGAGAAGGAGAAGGACAAGGAGGAGGAGGAGGAGGAGGAGGAGGAGGACCACGAGUACCUUCAGAUCAUCAGAGAGUCGUCAACGCCCUAAACAGCCUAACGAACAUUGUUACCGCCUACAAGGACGAGAUCGACACUAAAGUGAGGCUGCCGCAGCUCCAGAAGGUGAUCAACACGAUUGACACCUCCAUGUUGGACUACCAAGGAAGGGCCAAGAGCCAUCUGGAUCAGUUGCGGAACAAGUUUAGUGUGGCCAGCCUCUCGUACCAGGAGUGCGUGAAUCCGAUCUUCGAGUGGUGCAUCUCGAUCAAUCCCAGCAUCAAUCUCUUCCUCAACAACAUCAAUAAAACCGGCAUCAGUUGCUCGGAUAGGAAUAUUUUGUGGAAAAUGCUGAGCAAUGGGCUGCAGAAUGGUCUGGUGAAGGCCCACGACUCCCUCUCCGCCCUAAGUCAGUUCGAGGACAAGGCUAAUGAUGUGGCCUGGGUACUAGCCCAGAUGUACACCGACAUCGAAUCCGAUUUCAAGAGUAUUAGCAACAAACUGAAUAGCGAAAUUCAAGGCUUGCAGUGGAACAGAAGCCCUCAAAAUAUCAAAUGGGAGACGGUCAUUGGUUACAUAUUCUGGAGCAUCAUUGAGCUCGUGAAGGAUCCAAGUUUCGAAAGGAUAUUCAAGUAUUUCCACCCAGACCAUUGGAAGUACAUCAACGAGGAGAAGAUAGCCACCAAGCAGAAGGAGAUCGAGAUAAUCAAUCGGUUCUUCGAAAUAAUGAAGCAGACACUCACGGAAGCCACCUCCAUAGCUGGCCAGGUGAAGGUUGGCCUGGACAGGGAGAAGCCCAUCGUGGAAGCCUCCAUUCCCCCCCGCAUGGACAUUGUGGCGUUGAUGGGCCAGGACGAGGUGCGCAGUGGCUUGGAGCCGAUCUUCCGUCAGUUGGACAGCGUCUGCAAGGAGUUCACCACCCUGCGGUCUGCCCAAUUGACCGGAUCACGAAGAGGAAAAGGACCAGAAGAAACCGGUGGUCCAGGAGGAAAUGGAAAGCAGCGAACACAAGGAGGAAAUGGAGGAAGACCAGGACAGACAGGACUGUGGGGACAUGAAGGACUUACUGGACAAGCGGGACACGCAAGCCAACCAGGAGGACAACCAACACAAGGAAAUGCAGGACCAUCAGGUUAUAAAGGAUCUACAGGACAACCGAGACAGGCGGGACAAACAGGAUAUGGAGCACAACCAGAAUACAAAGCACAAUCAAGAUAUGGAGCACAAGAAAGAUGUGGAGUACAACCAGGGGAUGGAGCACAACCAGGAUAUGGAGCACAACAAGGAUUUGGAGCACAACAAGGAUAUGCAGCACAACCAGGAUAUGGAGCACAACAAGGAUUUGGAGCACAACAAGGAUAUGCAGCACAACAAGGAUAUGCAGCACAACAAGGAUAUGGAGCACAACAAGGAUAUGGAGCACAACAAGGAUUUGGAGCACAGCCAGGAUAUGGAGCACAACAAGGAUAUGAAGCACAACAAGGAUUUGGAGCGCCAUCAGGAUCACGGAGGAACAAGGAUCACGUGGGGGACACAAUCCGGCAAUCGUGAUACACAUGAAGGAUCCGUAAAACAAAUUGCAGAUUAUUAUUUUUAUACCCUUGCAGAGGGUAUUAUAAUUUUGGUCAAAAGUGUGCAACGCAGUGAAGGAGACAUCUCCGACCCUAUAAAGUAUAUAUAUUCUUGAUCAGGAUCACCUCCUGAGUCGAUAUGAGCAUGUCCGUCUGUCCGUCGGUCCGUCUGUCUGUCGGUUUCUACGCAAACUAGUAGCUCAGUUUUAGAGCUAUCGAGUUGAAACUUUGCACACAUCCUUCUUUUCCUUGCAGGUAGUACAUAAGUCGGAACGGCCGGGAUCGGUCGACUAUAUCCUAUAGCUGCCAUAUAACUGAUUGAUCGGAAAUGGCAUAACUUUGUUGUUUUUUAAGAUAGAGGGUUGGGACUUUCCACACAUGUUAUAUUUGACUAACAUAUCUUAUGUACAAAAUUUCAUAAGGAUCGGCCAACUAUAUCCUAUAGCUGUCAUACAACGAUCGGAAUUGGCAUAACUUUGGUGUUUUUUAAGUUAGAAAGAUGGGACUUGGUACAGAUUCUAUUUUGGACAAAAUAAUCUGAUUUGCCAAAUUUCAUCGGAUCGGCCGACUAUAUACGAUCUUCUAUAUAUGUAAUAAUAUAAGAUGCGUGGCGCCACCUAGCGGACUGCGACUGAACUGCAAGGGUAUAUCAACUUCGGCUCCGCCCGAAGUUAGCUUUCCUUUCUUGUUUUUUUAUAAAUUACUUCAUGUUGAUAUUUAUCAAGAAUACAUCCGAAUUUUUAAAUAAAAGAAACGAUUUAUUUUAAUUUUUGAGACUUGGAACUCCCAGUUCCUAUAGCGCCUUUUCGAUCAAGGGUUUUGAUUAAUUAAACACUAUACCUAGAUACAUAUAUCACAUCAAAUAAAAUCUGAUAUUAAUUUUGAUGACAAAAAAAAGGUUUAUAUUUUAAAAAAAUUAGACAAAAAAAUUAUUUUUACCCGGAACGUCCUUAUAUUGUUUAUUGUUAUUGAAUAUGUACAUUAGCUUCACCAUGGUUAGCUCUACUUAUUGGACUAUAUCUUGAGUAAGCGAAUUUUCCCAGAUAUGAACGAUAUAUCAAAAGUUGCGUUUUCUCAAGGACUAUCUCCACAAGCAAAAUGAAUAGAAUCGUUAGAGCCAAUUUAAAAAAAACAAAUUUUUAAUAAAAAAAAAGUCUUUUCAGUGUAUCAUUUUUUCUUACGAUUUAGAAAUUAGGUCCUAACGAAAGUGAAUAAGAUAUUUAAAAAACUUUCUAUCGAUGUACGCAUUUUUUAAGUUUAAGAGAAACAUCUUCAUUUGGGAAAUUCUUUAAAAAUCGAAUAACUAUUAACAGAAAGUAGGAUCGGGUUGGUGGGGGCAUUAAUUGACGCGUAUUUUCGAAUAUAUUUCACAUAUCUCAAACAUAAACCACAAUCUCCAAUUUAGUGAAUCAAAAGUGAAUCGGACUGCCAUCCGCCGUGAUAUAUCUUAUAAUCCUGGCCAUACUAUACCAUCCAUACUGUCUUUUAAUUAGUGCUAUAAUAUAUUUCAGACAUAAAAUAUUUAUUUUUAGCUUAGCUCCUUUGACCAAAGCUUAAGGAGUUAUGUAUAUUCAGUUAUGAUUUUCAAAAAAUCAAAAUUUAAAAAAAAAAAUAUAGAAUUUUGAGUUUUUGCAUUUUCUUAAUAUACAUAUAUCUGAGUAUUCACACACAACAUUUUUGAAUAUUUUUGAAAUUGUAGACAGGGGCAGUAUAGGCAGUAGGGGACCAGUAGUUAAAUGCUUUUUUCUCAAAACUGUGUUUUGAAAGUCGGUGAGCAAGAUUUUUUAGAAACGGCUGAAAUUUCUAAACAUGAUUUCCCCAUCCGAUGAAAAUUUAUUAUUUUUAUAAACAAAUUUCUAUGAUUCAGUCCAAAGAUAUCGUGCUCACCGCAAGACUUUUUUUUAAAGGACGUCUGCAAAAUUGGCAAAAUGAACGUUUCCUAUAAUUAUUUUGAGCAAUAAAAAAUAUGUAAAUAUAGUUUAAGAUUGUCAUAAUUUACCUGCCAAGAUUCAAAUCAAUAAACCAAAUAGUUUGCUUUGAAAAAAUUC